GGUUAAUCGAUAUCAGGGCCUCGAGUUACAAGAGAAAAUAGAAAAAUUCAGAUAUGAUGAAACACGUGUUGAUUUUCUUGAAGAACUACUGGACAGGAAUAUGGAUCAUGUUGCAAGUACUAUACUUUCAUAUUUUAAGUUCCAGGAUUUAUGCCAUCUUCAGCUUGUCUCUACAUUAUGGAAUCAGUUUAUUGGAACAUAUGUUUUUAAGAGAAAAAUAGAACGUUUAGUUAUUCGGGAUGAAGGUUUAAAGGAACUGUCUGAGCUAGAGGGAUGGAACUCCUCGUUAUUUCGACCUGUUCAAGAGGUUUCAGAUCCGAGUAUUUACAAGAAGAUGUGUGCCAAGGUGUUUCUACUCAAGGAUAUCUGGAGGUUUAGAGAACCCAAGGCCAAACGAUUGUUUUGUGACAGCUUUGUGUUGAGUGUUAGAAGUGAUGAUUCCAUAAUAUUCUGUGGACUAAACAAUGGUUGUAUUCAGGCUUGGGAUAUUAGUUAUCUAGGAAAAAUAAGGGAACAGGAGUGCCAUGAUAAGGGUGUGAAGUGUAUAGACUUCAACGCUAGCGUGUUUCUAACAGGAAGCUAUGAUACAUUCUUCAAGGUUUGGAGACGAGAUACUUGGUCCUGUAUCCAAACCUUUCCUGUACACACGGACAGUGUUUGGGACUUGAAACUCCACGGGAAUAUCGUGGCUACAGCUGGUUUGGAUGGAGCUGUCAUUAUCUACGACUUUGUGUCUGAAUAUGAUCUGAGAGUCCGCUCAUAUAUUCAGGCGCAUGGUGACCUGGUGUCCGCUGUGGAUUUCUCAUCUGUUCAUCUUGUGACAGGGUUUGAGGAUGCUAUGCUAGGAGUGUGGGAACUGCCAGGCGGAACUAAGAUUCAUUCACUGCCCGGGCACACAGGCGGAGUCACAGGAGUUCAAAUCCACGGUACCCUUGCAGCUACAUCAUCCUACGAUUGCUCAGUUAGAUUAUGGGAUGUAUCUGUAGGAGUUUGUUUGCUAAAACUAAGUGAUCAGGACAAUUUUGCCAGAUGUAUUGGAUUCUCGGGGAACAGAAUAGUUUCCGGUGAUUUUGGAGGAAAUAUUCUGAUGUGGGAUCUUGCUAUCUCUCCCUCAACCUCAAACAGAAGUGUAGAAGUAAAGGUUCUGAACACAAGGAAGUGGGAAGCACACAAAGGUCAUGUUGUCUGUAUUCAACUCAAUGCAAGGAGAAUAAUAUCAGGAUCCAGGGACCGAACCCUGAUGAUCAACGACUUCUGGUUGAAGACGAUGGAUACACUAUCAAGCAUUAAAAAGGAGAACUCAACAGCACACAAAUAUUCAAGAUUUUUAAAGAGACAUAUUUAGAAAACAACGAGAAAAUUACGAUAUAUAGGUUGUGUAUAUCAUAACAAAACUUUUAAGCUUUCUUUUUAUAUAAGAAAAUUAGGUUCAUUCUAGCCACAAACUCUAAUUUUCUUGUUUCUAUCUUUGCAAUCUAAUAUCUUUGACCUCUGACGUAUCAAACUAGGAAUUAUUUUAGAAAUAUAUUAGAGCAAAAGUCUUUUACUCCAGGUUGCAAAUUAGAAAAUUUAAGUUUGUUGCAAAAACUCUAAAAAUGUUUCAGUGCUGUUUAGUGCUUAAUGUUUAUCCAUAUCUAAAUUAUUGGGAGUUUUGAUUCAAAUCUUUAAAAUACUAUGGGAGAUGCAUUAUGCUCAAAAGUUUGGUUUCGAAGUCUCUAAACCUAUAGAUACAGUGCAAUUUUAGAUAGAAGCCGGUGAAUACCAUGGUGAAAUCGGACUACAGAUUGUUUUACAUACAGGGUGUCCCACGAAACAUGACAAUAGCAAGACGACUUGAAAGUCGUCUUUGAUAUUUGAAUUUAUU